CCCUCACUCACUCUCUCUCUCUGUCAAAUAACCGCUUCCGCUUUUUCUAUCCCUCUCUAACACAUAGACACGCACCAGAAAGUGUCUCUGGUAAAAUGUUCACCGGGAAUCAACUACCGGCCUUUCCAACCUCAGAAAAACAUUUAUUACGAUUUUUCUUGGGCAGUGAAAUCUCCUUCCUCAGGCUCUGACUUUUCUCCGGCGUAGAUGCUUCAACUUUCCGGCGAGAUCCGAACAUCUCCUCUGAAACCCGGUGUUACUUGAAGAGGGGUGCGGACUUUUCAUAUGAGGUGUUCAGUUUUUGAGGUUGUUUAAUUGAUGGAUACGAUUUCAAGGAAGUGAAAACUGGUGAAAAUUCGAGCAAUUAAUGGAGUAGCUGAUUUGGUAUUUCACUAUUCAGCUGAUAAAGUUGGCAUAUAGGCGUUAUAUCAACAAGGGGUGUGGAUUUUCCGUACGGGUCUUCAGUUUUUGAGUUUCUUGAAUUGAUGGACAGGAUGGAAAGAUAGAGAAAAGUGGUUAAAAAUAUGACUGUUUGACAAAGUUGCGGAUUCAAGAUUUCUUUUUCAUUGCUUUUCUAAUUUGUCCGGGAUAGGAUAUCAUGGUUUUAGAAACACAGAAGUUGAAGAAAUUGCUGACUUCUUCAUAUAAGAUGAAUAAGUUGAAUUCUGAUUGUUUGGUGGGGGGAUUAAAAGGAGGAGAAGUGGCAGUGAGGUCAGGAGUAGGUGAUGAUGAUCAGGGUAACUUUGGAUCAAAUGAUUCUUUUCUACCUGGUCUACAUGAUGAUGUUGCAUUGACAUGUCUUGCUUGGGCAUGCAGAUCAGAUUAUUCCUCAUUGUCUUGCCUAAAUGCGAGGUUUAAUAAGCUAAUUAAAAGUGGAGACCUAUAUGAGCUGCGGAGGCAGUUGGGCAUUGUGGAGCAUUGGGUGUAUUUGGUAUGUGAUCCAAGGGGAUGGGAAGCAUUCGAUCCCUUUAAAAACAGAUGGAUGAGGUUGCCUAAAAUUCCCUGUGAUGACUGUUUUAAUUAUGCCGAUAAGGAGUCAUUAGCUGUGGGGAGUGAAUUGCUGGUUUUCGGUCGUGAGUUGUUUGAAUUUGCUAUUUGGAAGUAUAGUUUGGUUCAUCGUGACUGGGUGAAGUGUGAAGGGAUGAACCAUCCUCGGUGUUUAUUUGGAUCUAGUAGUCUUGGUUCGAUCGCUAUUGUUGCAGGGGGGAGCGAUAAGAACGGUAACAUACUGAAAUCUGCAGAGCUUUAUAAUUCUGCCACCGGCAGGUGGGAGAUGUUGCCAAACAUGCACUGCCCACGACGGCUUUGCUCUGGUUUUUUCAUGGAUGGAAAAUUCUACGUGAUUGGUGGGAUGACUAGUCCAACUGACUCCUUGACUUGUGGGGAGGAGUUUGAUCUUAAGACUAGGAAGUGGAAGGAAAUAGAAGGCAUGUAUCCAACUGUUAAUAGAGCUGCCCAGGCACCACCUCUUGUUGCAGUUGUUAACAACCAGCUUUAUGCGGUUGAGUAUCUAACCAAUAUGGUAAAGAAAUAUGACAAGGAAAAGAACUCUUGGGAUGUGUUAGGAAGACUCCCAGUCAGGGCUGAUUCUUCAAACGGUUGGGGUCUAGCUUUCAAGGCCUGUGGGAAAGAACUUCUUGUUGUGGGUGGUCAAAGGGGCCCAGAAGGUGAAGCAAUUGUGCUGAAUUCUUGGAGUCCAACAUCGGGGGCCAAGAAUGGCACUUUGGAUUGGAAGGUCCUUGGUGUGAAGGAGCAUGCUGGGGUCUUUGUUUACAACUGUGCUGUCAUGGGUUGUUGAGAGAAUUUUCUCCAUUGAUUACUCAAAACCUAUGGAUCUCUGAUAUGUGGCCUUGGUUUAGGUUGUUUCUUCAGACAUUUUUUGAUUGACCAAAAAUUUGUUAUCAUCUGGAUCUCCGUACCUCAUAUCUCGAGAGGGGGACUAGUUUUACAAUUUUGUAAACAUUCCUGUAACUAAAUGUGCCUCCUGGUGCUCAUAAUUCUGUGGCCUUCUAUUUUCAAGGGUUUCAUUUAAGAUCCCGUCUUUCAUCUUUUCCUUAUUCUUGGAACAGUAGAAAGUUGCUUUUUUUUUUUUUUUUGAUUUAUCUAUCGUUAACUGGAGAAUGGCAAAAUAAUGCAGAAUUGAUGGGAUCUGAGUUA